AAAUUGUAAUACCAUCCCUCUGAUUCUCUUCUCUCAACUUUCAUAAGCCCGUCUCCCCAAACAAAGAAGCCCUGCUACUGCUUAGUUCUUCUUACUACCCUUCUUUAAACAAAAUCGACUGUUGUCCAUUUACAAAUGGCAGUGGUUCCAUUUCUCUCCAUGAACGUUGUUUCUCUCGAACACUGCAAUUCUCCUUUUCGAUACCUACUUUCUCUCUAUGCUUAGCUACUGAUACCCAUUUCUCCCAACACUCUUGCCGAGCAAAACCCACCUUUGGAAAAUCGUAUCAUUCCCAAUUUAAAAUGACGAAAAGCGAAGAGCAGGAGGAAGAGACCAUUCAGUUUUUCGAUUCAGGCACCAAGUCGAAGCCGUUGUACAGGCUCCAUGGGCGGCCCGUUGGGGUUUUGGCGAUCUUUGUGGUCAUUGCCUCCGUAAUCCUCUGUUUCUUCUACUUGGAUUACAGGGAAGUGAUUGGGACUGUGAACAGGGUUCCCAAUUGGUUGCAAUUCGGAAAUGAGAGGAAAAGUGUGGAUUUUUUGACGGAGGAAGGGAAUGGGUGCGACAUUUUCGAUGGUGAGUGGGUUUGGGACGAAGAGUACCCUCUCUAUCUCGCCAAAGAUUGCACCGUUUCAGAACCAGGGUUCAUGUGCAGAGAAAAUGGACGGCCUGAUGUGUUCUUCACCAAGUGGAGAUGGCAGCCCAAGGAUUGCAACUUGCCCAGAUUUGACGGGAAGUUGAUGCUGGAGAAGCUGAGGAACAAGCGGUUGGUGUUUGUUGGGGAUUCGUUGGGGAGGAAUCAAUGGGAAUCCAUGUUGUGCUUGUUAUCCUCUGUUGUUGCCAACACGAGCUCUGUUUAUGAAGUGAAUGGGAAUCCAAUUACGAAGCACAAAGGGUAUUUGGCGUUCAAGUUCGAGGAUUACAACUGCACGGUGGAGUAUUACAGGUCUCCGUACCUUGUUCCGAUGGGCAGGCCUCCUCCUGGGGCCAAGGUUCGACUGACGCUGAAACUGGAUCUGAUGGAUUGGAGCUCAACCCAUUGGAGGAAUGCUGAUGUGCUGGUCCUCAAUUCAGGGCAUUGGUGGAAUUAUGGCAAGACAAUACAACAGGGAAUUUACUUCCAAGUAGGUCAAGAAGUGAAGAUCGAGAUGGGGAUCAAGGAAGCAUACAGGAAGUCCAUGGAGACUGUGAUGCACUGGAUAAUGAAUGAAGUUGACACAAACAAGACGCAGAUCUUCUUCCGAACCUACGAACCCGCCCAUUUCAUGCAAGGAAAGUGGAACACAGGAGGGACCUGCCAGAAAGAAACUCUGCCCGAGUUGGAGGCACCUAGAGAGCCAGUACAUCCUUGGACACAAGUACAAUUUGAGUCAGUAGCCAACGAAAUCCUUCCUAAUCGCACAAUUCAGGACAGAGUGUUCCAUGUUCUGAAGAUAACGGAUAUGACUGCCAGAAGGAAAGACGGCCAUUUGUCUAUCUACUCUACCCACAGAGCGUCGUCACUGCGUAAUCAGGAUUGCAGCCAUUGGUGCCUGCCUGGUGUCCCUGAUUCGUGGAAUGAACUUCUCUAUGCUAUGUUCCUCAAGCUCGAGGCCAAGCGCCGUCCUCCUGCGUCGAACGUGUCAUCAUCGCCGUCGUACCAAGCUCCGAUGAACGGCGGCAGGGAAAAAAUCGAUUGAGGGAAGUGGGUGCAUGCAGUGGCGGGGUAGCGAGGACUUCGUUUUAAGGUGGUUCUAGUGUAAACAAUUGUACGUUAAGUUUUAUUACUUUUCUACGAUACGACUUGUUUUUUUAUAUUUUAAGACAUUUUUAAAUGUAUUUAUCAUUUAAACUGUAAAGAGUGUGACUAUGAUGUAUACUUUGAAAAUUCAUUCAUAACUUCAUUGUUAAUUUAACAUUAAAGUGUGUUCUUUGUGUAUUUUAUUGUGGAAAAUAUUCUUUGAAAAAUUACUAAAU